CGUCAGCAUCUUCGCGCCGUCAAGCAGAUCUUAGGACGUGUGCACUCGCUACUCAUCACGCUUGCUACGUCAUUGCAAACAUUCGGCCGUGAGAUAUUGUUAGUUGGAUUCGACGUGCGCAAAGCUGUGGCGCCGGAGGACGGCAGCCGACUUCUCCGACAUCCAGGAACCGCCGACCGCCGAAACUCCAUUGUGGUCGAUAUCAGAUGAGAUAUUGGCCAUGCAGCAUCCCAUCUUGGAUCCCCAGUUGGGCGGACAAGCGUCUGGCACACCAGAAAGAAGUUCAAACCGCGAAGGUGCCAGCUCCUCUCGUCCUUCGCCAUAUCAUCAAUCUAGCAACGUGUCUGCGCCUCACCUCACGCCCAGGCAUCAAGCGAUCAGCGCUGCAACCACGCUUUCUCAUUCUCCUUCUGAUGCCGAGUUGAUAAGUCCUCAUGAAGAAUCUGCCGACGUCGAUGGUGGCCAAGAUACCAAAAAGGCUCGCUCAUGCGAAUCUUGUCGCGGUCUGAAGGUCAGAUGUGAUCAAGAUCCAGAUCGACCUGACAUUCCAUGCAAGAGAUGCGCCAAAGCGGGACGACAAUGUAUCAUCACACAGCCUACUCGUAAACGUCAAAGAAAGGCUGAUGGUAGAGUUGCUGAGCUCGAGAGGAAGCUUGAUGCCCUCACCGCGGCCAUCCAGCAGCAGCACAACAUUGCUCCUGAAGUUUUCAAGCCGACACAAGCCUCUCCAUCCCGCGUGAGCGAAGAUAUCGCUUAUCGGACAGACAGCAGGACCUCGUCACAGCGCAUGAUUGAACCUCAUUCACAACGCUCAGAAGUCGAACCAGCUGUGAAGCGCGUCCGGGUGGACGCCACUCCAGCACAACCUCAAAUGCAUGCAACAGUGUCGCGAUUAGAACAGCAGGCACAAGAGUAUCCUACUCAAUCUGUCGGGCCAAAAGACGAAGAAACGAUAUCGAGAGGGUUCUCGCUACUCAAUCGUUCGUGGCAGACAACCAACGAUGUCAAACAAUUUCUAGGUCCGAACUCGUCUGAAGACUUCGUCAAGCGUAUCAACGCGCUGAUUCCACCCGAGACUGCUGCCGCCAUCUUCGAUCGUUAUGUAAACGACUAUGCGCCCCAUUUACCUGUUGUCGUCUUUCCACCAGGUACAACUGCUGCGCAAGUAUGGAAAACAAAGCCUGUCGUUUAUGUUUGCAUUCUUGCUGCAGCAUCUGCAGGCAAAGUGCGAACAGAAAUUAUUGAUGAGCUCAACCAGGAAGCGAUUGGUGCGAUUGCAGACUGUACCAUUCGCAAUGGUGCGAAAAGUCUGGAGUUGAUACAGGCUAUGCAAGUCCAAUGCCUAUGGUAUAAGCCUCCAGAGAAGGCUGCACAAACAAAUUUCUAUCAGAUCAUACAUAUGGCAGCGGUCAUGGGACUCGACAUCGGUCUUAACAAGCGUUUUAAUGCGGCUAAAGCUCGUCGAGGCUUUGGAGGCCCUCACGCGCACUGCGCCCCUGGUACACAGAAUCUGCCUCAAGAUUCAGGAACCAUCGAGGCCAGACGGGCUUGGCUUGGAUGCUACUAUCUAUGCGCGAGCGCAUCUAUGGUCCUCCGCCGACCUAACCUUGUGCGAUGGACCAACUACAUGAACGAGUGCAUAGAAGUGCUUGAAACACAUCCAGAUGCUCUACCAUCGGACAAGCUUUUCUGCCAACACGUCAAGAACCAGCGCAUCUGUGAAGAUAUAGGUUCGCAGUUCUUGAUGGACGAUAGCACAGCCAACAUCAGUAUCACAGAUCCCAAAGUUACAUACGCACUUAAUGUAUUUGAGAACGAUCUCAAAACGUGGAAAGAAAACAUUCCCUCAGAUUUCCGCACACCAGGAUUGGAGUUCUUCCAGCACGUAACAAGUCUUUAUCUUCAUGAGAUUGCAUUACAUUUCAAUCACAAUGUGGAAGAUUUCAAACUGCCUUUCACCGAAGAGUCUUUGAAAGCAAGCCACAACCUUACAGAGAAACUCACCCAACACCAAGUGGCUGCACUUGAGGCAUGUGUCAAAUCUUCCCAUGGCAUUCUUGAUACGAUUCUGGCCUACAAGCCGCACGCGUUCAAAACACUCCCGAUGCUCAUCUUCUUUGUACGUUGCGUCUACGCCAUCGUCAUCCUCAUCAAGAUGCAUGUCGCCAUUAAUGGCCCUGGGAGCGAAGUCGGCAAAUUAAUGAAAGCGGACGACUUACGUGUCGAAUAUUACAUAAGUUGCGUUAUGCAGCGCUACACUGCGACUGACGACGAAGACUUUCGACCUUGGCCCAAGAUCAUCAUAAUCUUGUCCGUUCUGCGGGACUGGUUUCAGAAACACAAAGAUAACCUGGCGACCCUCGGAUCCAGUGACACACACCCUAUACCUUCAAGGCAACAACAAGUGGAGGGCUACCAAUCACAGCACGCGCAACACGAACGCAAGCGCUACAGCCAAACUCCCCUCGAUCUGCUUUCUCAAGUAGCCACCAGCACCAGCAUGACCGACUUGCCCGUCCAGAGUCGCGACACUGGCGCCCAUACAUCACAGCAGCCCCCGAGCUGGAACAUGAGCGCCUCCUAUCCCAACCAAUACAACAACAUGGCUACUCAAGGCGUUCGUCAAGCUGACUUGAAUCAUCCCCGAUCAACACUCACUCCAACGUCUGCCGGUAUGGUCGACGUCCCACACCAUGCCCAAUCCAACACCAACUUCAACCCAGGCUUCUAUGGUGACCAGAGCAGUAACAACUUGCUCCCUGACAUGUACGGUUGGGGCACGGGUUUCGAACAAGCCAUGGAUAUUGCCAUGGGGGGCAUGAGUGGCCUUGCGGGCGGCGGAGUGGGAAUGUUGGACGAUUGGUUCCUGGGCGAUUUCAUAGCGCCGUAUACUGGCUUUCAAGGCGAUCCAUCGGCGGCGGGAAACAGCGGCGGCGGCGGAGGAGGACACAAUGGCGCAGGUGGUGGAAAUGGAGGUCAAUGGUGAGAAGAAUUUCCAUAUGGAGGAAUAAGAGGGAAUUGUG